UUAUCUCACUCCUUCCUCAAACUUUUGUGGAUAACCCUCAGUCGGGCAGACCAUCAGAAAAGUUUCUCAGAGCCAAAACAUUAGUACACCGGUUAUAGUUGCAGAUUAACUGUAGAAUUUUUCAAAAACCCCACUCAGAAAUGGCAAUUUCAUCAUCUCUAGUCGCAACCUUGUUUCCAUUAUGCAAUUCUUCCUCAAUGUCUACUACACCUAAGCUUUCUGCUUCGCUUUUCAUUCCAAAUGGUUCAUCGACCUCCAGGAUUCAGUUCCAGUCACCUCGUUUAUCUACAACCAGAGUCUUCGCAGCUCCUGAAGCUUUGGAACAAACCCUUCAGACUGAGGAUCCUGAAUCUUCGACGGUGAUUGUGGGGUCUGAUUCCGAAAAGCUUGCACCAAAACAGAAAAUAAGGAUUAAACUGAGGUCUUAUUGGGUACCUUUAAUCGAGGAUUCAUGCAAGCAAAUCAUGGAUGCUGCUAGAACAACAAACGCAAAGACCAUGGGCCCUGUUCCAUUGCCAACCAAGAAGAGAAUAUACUGUGUGCUUAAAUCUCCUCAUGUUCACAAAGAUGCAAGAUUUCAUUUUGAGAUCAGAACCCAUCAACGGUUGAUUGACAUUCUACACCCAACUGCACAAACCAUUGACUCUUUGAUGCAGCUUGAUCUUCCAGCUGGUGUUGAUGUUGAGGUUAAGCUUUAGAAACGUAUUUAGAGUUCCUUUUUGCUGCUAAGUGCUUCUAAUUGACACUUUUUGUAUCGUAAAUUUGUUACUUGUAUCAAAGUGAUGAUGUUUGGUAAAAUAUUUCGUUGGUUGGACUGAAUUAUUGUAAAAUUCCCAAGUCACAAUUAUAUUUUACCAUGUGUUGUCAUGUUUAA